AAUUAGGGAAUGGCUUGGAUUAUACAAAUUUGAUCAUACCAAAUAUAGAGAGAGUGGAGAGAGAAAAUACCAGGGGUCAUACGUGAUCCUCCUAGUCAGCAAAUGAGAGCAAGUUCGAAAAGCAGCUCCUUGGUGUCUACCUGCAUCUCCUAUCUCAGACCAGGUUCAAGCACAAGCAAAAACAGUAACACUGUGGACAACAGAAGUAGAUCUAUUAUGCCUCGGAAUUCUCAAUUCAAUGGUGUGCUUUUUAAGUACGGCCCCAAAUCUAUACAGAUUGCUUUCAAAACUGGGGAUUUUAAGCAGCAAGUCAUUUUCAUCGGAGGUCUCACAGACGGCCUUUUGGCAACAGAGUAUCUAGAACCCUUGUCAGCAGAACUAGAGAAUGAGAAAUGGUCGUUAGUGCAACCUUUAUUAUCAUCUUCUUACUCAGGUUAUGGCACAUCAAGCCUAAAACAGGAUGCUUUGGAACUUGAUCAGCUUAUCAGCCACUUAAUAAACAAAGAAGAAUCAGAGGGUGUGGUUCUACUUGGUCAUAGUACCGGUUGUCAAGAUAUUGUGCGUUACAUGCGAUCAAAUACUGCCUGUUCAAAAGCUGUGCGGGCAACAAUCUUACAGGCACCUGUUAGUGACAGGGAAUACAGAGCUACCCUUCCUGAAACUGCAGCUAUGAUUGACUUGGCAGCAAGCAUGAUCAAGGAAGGUAGAGAAAUGGACUUAAUGCCUAGAGAAGCGAAUUUGGAUGCUCCCAUUACUGCUUACAGGUACUAUUCUCUUUGUGCAUAUAUGGGUGAUGAUGAUAUGUUCAGCUCUGACCUCAGUGAUGAUCAAUUGCGUAUGAGGCUUGGCCAUAUGUCAAACAUACCAUGCCAGAUAAUCUUCUCCAUGGGCGACGAGUAUAUACCAGAAUAUGUUGAUAAGCGAGCUCUUGUUCAAAGGCUUUCCAAUGCAAUGGGGGGAGCAGAGAAGGUUGAAAUUGAAUGGGGCAACCAUUCGCUAUCUAAUCGGGUGGAAGAAGCAGUGCAAGCUAUUGUUAACUUUGUCAAAAGAGAAGGCCCUAAAGGAUGGGAUGACCCUUGGCGAUAGAUUUUCAGUAGUUUUUCUAAGCUUCUUUUAGUUGUGUGAUGGAUGCUCGUAAUAGUGUAUAUUCAGCAUGUUAUGAAACUCAACUAAAUAUUUUCUCUAGAUGUUCUCAUGCUGAAUGCUUUUCCUAACAAGCUGUAAAUUAUUCUUCUACCAGCUUGAGAUAUUUCUGCGUGUACUGAUGUUUUUAACGGAAUCUCAAAUCGCAUGAUUUGCUCUUCCAUGAGCAUUAUGAUUUCAUUAUCGUUGUACUGCUUCGAAGAAGCAAAAUAAUGUUUCCUCUAUUUUAGAUGAAUGGGUAUAGAAUUUAGGGAGGACA